AUGAAACAAAAAGAACCAAAAGCUAACUUGUGGCAUCUAACUACUUCAAAACAUUUUCCGAGGAAUACCGGUCUUGCACCAAUCUCUCAUACGUCUGCCUUAACAUCUGUUUACGGUACGCACGUAUCACAUAUGGUUGUUGGUACUUACCUCGUAGAACAGGAAUCUGACAAAGGCUGGUUUAAAGGAAUUGAAGAAAAAGGAGAAGGUGGGGAGAAGAAACAGGUAUUUAAUUUAAAAUCGACAACCACUUUUGAAAAGACUGAAAAGGCAAUCAUUCUUGAGGACCUAUUUUGGGAAAAUUUUUCACAAGAAGGCGAAAGAGAUGACAUGAAAGGUUGA